AAAUCAUAACCUCAAUAUUUUAAUUCUAAAUUUUCGCUCAAGAUAUGAGACUAAUUGUUAACAAAAAGAUCAAGUUUUUUAUGAGCAAAUGUUACCAUUUAUUAAACAACGAGCGUAAUUUUUCUAGUUCGGCCAGAGGCAUCAUUCUUGGUAUUGAAACGUCCUGUGAUGAUACUGGUUGUGCAAUUGUUGAUACAGAAGGGAAUGUUUUAGGUGAAGCAUUGCACUCUCAACACUUAAUACAUCUUAACAAUGGAGGUAUUAUUCCACCGAUAGCCCAAGAUUUACAUAGAAAAAAUAUUGAAAAUGUGGUCAGUGAAGCUGUUAACGCUGCAAAUAUACAUUUCAGAGAAAUUGAUGCCAUAGCCACAACAGUUAAACCAGGUUUGCCCUUAUCUUUAAAAAUUGGCACGACUUAUGGCAAAUACCUGUGUAGGCUGCACAAAAAACCGUUUAUACCGAUACACCACAUGGAGGCACAUGCUUUGACGGCAAGAAUGCACGAUAAAAGCAUCGAAUUUCCGUUUUUGGUGUUACUGAUCAGUGGAGGACAUUGUCUACUAGCCGUAGCAAAAAAAGUUGAUAAGUUUCUCCUCCUAGGGGAAGGCAAGGACGAUGCUCCGGGGGAGGCAUUCGAUAAAUUGGCAAGGAGAAUGAAACUAAAAAAUAUUCCCGAAUACUCUCAACUUUGUGGGGGACAAGCGAUAGAAAAAGCAGCAUUGAAAGCCGACGACCCUUUACGAUAUAAGUUCACGAUACCCCUCUUGCAGUAUAAAGAUUGCAAUUUCAGUUUUUCGGGUAUAAAAAAUCAGUUGCUAUUACAGCUGUUCAGCGAAGAAAAAGAAGAAAAUGUACCGCCUGACGGUGUUAUACCGGGCGUUAGUAAUUUGUGCGCGGGGCUUCAGUUGGUAAUGACUAGACAUUUAUGCCAUAGAGUUCAAAGGGGCAUGGAGUACGUGGCUAGGAAGGGAAUAAUACCGCCCAAUAAGCAAACUUUGGUGGUUUCUGGUGGCGCAGCAUGUAAUAAUUUUAUCGCUACCGGUUUACAAAUGGUGUGCGACGAAUUAGGCUAUAAAAUGGUACGUCCGCCUCCCAAGUUAUGUACCGAUAAUGGUGUGAUGAUAGCUUGGAACGGAGUAGAAAGGUGGAAAGAAAAUAUUGGCGUAUUCGAAGACUUUGAACACAUCGAUAUUGAGAAGUGUUCACCCUUGGGAGAGAGGUUGAUAGAAGAAGUAACAAAUGAAAGUAUAAGCUGUAAAUGGGUGAAACUGUCAAAACUAAAUCUUCCUCAGAGUAGAUGGAACACGACUGAUUAGUUUUAUUUUUAUUGAAUAGAAAAUGUACCUUUUUUUAAUUGUUUUAUUAAGAAAACAUCAGUAGCUCUGUUUAAAGCUUAAUAUUUAAUUAUACAAG